AGACGGAAGAACGCUCUUUUUCAGCAGAUUUUUUUGGCUAAGUCCUUACACCCCAGACAUGGCAUCCCAGGAGCGAGAGGAGGGCACCCAGCUGGAGCUGGAGUACAUUAUCGGGUUUAAUGGACAUGUAGUCUCUGGCUUGAUCAUUCAUCCGGAUAGAGAACAUCUCAUUUACCCUUUGGGGAGCACAGUGAUCAUUGAGAGCCUCCAAAAACGCAAGCAACAGUUUCUCCAGGGCCACACCAACAAUGUGUGCUGUUUGGCUGUCUCCAAAAGUGGAAAAUAUCUAGCAUCUGGGCAGGUGACCUACAUGGGAUUCAAGGCUGACGUCUUCAUAUGGGAUUACGCUAAGAGAGAAGUCCAUGCCAAGCUAACACUUCACAAGGUCAAAGUCGAAGCUUUGGCCUUUUCUCCAAAUGACCGAUACUUGGUGUCUCUAGGAGGACAGGACGAUGGCAGUGUUGUCUUAUGGGAUGUGAUGAAGAAAGAAGCAAUUUGUGGAAGCCCAGCCUCCGCCAUAAGUGCAGGAGCUGCCUUAACUGUAGCCUUCAGCAACAGCAAUGAUGGGGUAUUUGUUACUGGCGGGAAUGGGACACUGCGUGUUUGGGAACUAGACCUUCCCAACAGGAAAAUGCGCCAUACGGAUUGUCAAACGGGGCAUCUGAAGAGAUCUGUGACUUCCUUGGCAGUGGCUGAAGAUGACAGCUGCUUCUACUGUGGGACAACCACUGGAGACAUCCUCAAAGUUAACAUGAAAACCAAACUGCUGAACAGCUGUGGACCUGAGAAAAAAAGGUUUAGUCUGGGAGUGACUGCUUUGAUCAUCCUGAAGUCAGAAGAAUUCCUGAUCGGAUCCGGGGAUGGAAAGGUAGCGCUGUGCAAAGGACCAAACUACAAGGCUACAAAGACAGUGCAGCUACAAGGGUCGGUGACCUCAAUCUCUCUGCGGGGCCAAGGUCAUCAGUUUUUUGUUGGCACUGAUCAGGCGCAGAUAUACCGGUUUAAUUACCCAGAAUUCAACGAAGAACUCUUUGCUUCUUGCCACAGCGAGCCCAUCAACGAUAUUGUUUUUCCCUUUGGUACUUCCGAGCUGUUUGCCACGUGCUCAAAAAACGAUAUUCGUGUUUGGCUCAACUCAAGCCACAAGGAACUGCUACGGAUCACCAUUCCCAAUAUGACAUGUUUUGCCAUUGCUAUUACAAGAGAUGGGAAGUGCAUCCUAUCAGCUUGGGACGACGGUAAGAUCAGGGCGUUCACACCAGAAAGUGGUCGUCUUAUGUACAUUAUUGAAAAUGCUCACAGCAUGGGUGUCACAGCCAUCGCACUAAGCAAUGACUGUAAGAGGAUUAUCAGUGGAGGAGGCGAGGGACAGGUGAGAGUGUGGGAGAUCGGAAAAGAAAGCCGCUGGCUGGUACAAUCCAUGAAAGAGCACAAGUCAUCAGUGUCUUGUAUCAACGUCAAAAGCAACAACCGCGAGUGUCUCACGGCAAGCUCUGAUGGGACUUGUAUCAUCUGGGACAUUGUUCGUUUUGUGCGACUCCAGAUGAUCUUAUCAAACACCUUGUUCCGCUGCGUGUGCUAUCACCCCGAGGAGUUCCAGUUUCUUACAAGCGGCACCAACAGAAAGAUUGGAUACUGGGAGGUGUUUGAUGGUUCAGUAAUCAGAGAGCUUGAUGGAUCCCUGUCUGGAACCAUCAAUGGAAUGGAUAUCAGCAGCGAUGGGCUUCACUUUGUUACAGGUGGCGAUGACAAGCUUGUAAAACUCUGGGAUUACAAUGAAGGAGAAGUUAGCCACAUGGGAAUUGGGCACAGUGGCAGCAUCAGCCGGCUAAAAAUCUGUCCCCUCUCUAGGUGCAUCAUCAGCGUCAGCACCGAUGGGGCAAUUCUGCGUUGGAAUUACCCUUUCCCAGUCUAAGAUUAUUUUACCAUAAACCCUGUGCAUGUUAGCAGACCGCAUUUUCUGUCAUGUUUAACCUCAUUGUUUUAUUUAUAUGUUUAACAAUUACAGACUUGUUAUAAAAUAAAUACAAAUAAAUUCCAAACAGAAAAUCCAAAUUCUGUAUAUCCUU